ACAAACCGACCGUGCAGCCCUCUCCACACCUGUCUUCCUCGCGACUUCUUCCGUGAAGCGCCACCACAAGGGCGCCGACGGCCGGCAAAUCGCCGCCUGUUGGAUGCUGAUGAUGGGCUCAGAUGACGGCCUCGACUUCCUGCGCCAUCCUCCUCCUCCUCACGCGAAGCUAGCCCAAGGGAAGGUAGAUCAAGGACAAGCGCGAGAAGGAGAGACCAUGGCGGUGGCGGCGGCGGCGGAGGCGGCAGCCAUCCAAUCGGCGGCGAGCUUCUCGCCCACGAGUAACCCCAACCAGAAUUUCUCCGUCGUCAGCGAGGAGACAAACAUCAAUUCAGAAUGCAACGUGGAGUGGCCAUCUGAUUGGUUUGUUGAGGAACCGAGGGCAAUCCAUUCAGCAAGAAGUAGUGGGUGAUUCUUUCCAGAUGGAUGAUAUUCUGGGAGAAGAUAUUGUAUAUGAGUCUCAUUCUAGUGAUGAAUCAGGUUCUGAUUUUGAGGAGGAUGUCGACUGGUAGAAAGAAGGCUACACAGAUGUAGCAGAAUUGUUCCCUGUACCUGAAGAAGAUGAAUUGGAUGAGGAACCUGCUGUGGACAAGGCAGCUCUAGUGCGGGAAGCAAGAAGCAAAGCUGCAAAGGCCAAGGCAAGAAAGACUUGUGAGCUGAAGUUGAGGGCUGCUGCAGGAACAGUUGAUGAUGCAUUUGUGCUUAGUGAUAGUUGCAGUGAUGACAAUAAAGAUAUCACUAAUUCAGGUGAUGACGAUGGGGCUGUGUUGGAAUCAGAAAUAGCAACCAGGAAGCACAAGAGUAGAGCAAAGCCGCUGAAGAAAAGAGUUUACUAUGAUGCGAUGAAGGAAAUGUGCGAGGGUAUGAAGGGUCAAGGCUUUAUUCUUACUUCACAGCCGUUCUAAACUACCAACAAUAGAAUUCCCAGUAAUAAUGAUUGUCAGGUUGUUUUGGCCUUUAUUAUGUGCGCAAUGCCUACAUGUGGGUACUUUUGGAUGCUAGUAUAACCUUAAGACUGCACCAAUAUUUUGGUCCAUGAUUUCUGUUGGAUGUAUGGCAGAGUUUGUAAUGGCCAUCUGGGACCAUCAUUAUAUUUGUACUUCUAUUUGUAUGUCAUCUG